GUUUAAUUAUAACUACUAUUAGAAGCUAUGAAUUAUAUUUCUUAUUUCAAACUUAAUCUUCAAAAAAUGUUAUUUUAGAAUGCAUUCGCUUUUUGCGUCUACCUACCUACCUACACGUACUCAUACCGAGUAGUAACCUGUGUUUCGCGUCGGCUCUCGCCCCCCCAAACCUCCCUUCAUCCCGAGACUUAGCGGAACCUCCAGAAAACCCUUCGUCGCGUGCCGCCCACCCAUCUCGUGUUCAGCACUCUGCCCAGUCCAGUACGAGCACUCCUCAAUUCGAUGGAGGUCGCUCACCCGGACCUCAGAUCCCUCGUGGUUCAGAACGCCCGGCGCUCGAAGACACUCUUCGCUGAGGAAUCAGCUCGCAAGAAACUCAAGUUAGCCACCGACACAACCGAGCCCUAUCGCUUCCGCGCCGAAUAUCAGCAUGUCCAAGAACUGCCACCCGCCCUAGCUCAAAACCAGGCAGGCGCUCUAAAUGCCAGGAAGAAGGCAAAGAAGCCACCUGCAAAUGGCUCUUCAACCGCGUCUGUGGGGGAGGAGACCCAGAAGCUUCUCGAGGACGUCCCGCGAAGCUCCGAAAAUAAUAACAAUAACCAGGAGCCCUCGUCGGCCUCCAACAACACCAGCGCUCUCAUCCGAAUACCCAAACCGGCGGCCGCCUCCCAAGGGCCUAGUAGCGAUGCAACCUCGCGGGCCUUGAGCGUCGCCCGGGCUCAGGCCACCCACCAAGUCAAGCCCGACUGGCAUCCCCCUUGGAAGCUCAUGAGGGUCAUCUCAGGCCACUUGGGCUGGGUCCGAAGCCUCGCUGUGGAACCGCACAACCAGUGGUUUGCUAGCGGCGCUGGCGACCGGACCAUCAAAAUAUGGGAUCUAGCGACCGGCAACCUCCGAUUGACCUUGACCGGCCAUAUAUCUACUGUCCGUGGUCUUGCCGUCUCUCCCCGCCACCCGUACCUCUUCUCCUGCGGCGAGGAUAAGAUGGUCAAAUGCUGGGAUCUGGAGACGAACAAGGUCAUCAGACACUACCACGGGCACCUGAGCGGUGUCUACACGUUAUCGCUGCAUCCGACGCUAGAUGUCCUCGUGACCGGCGGGAGGGACGGCGUCGCCAGGGUCUGGGACAUGCGAACACGCAGCAACAUCCACGUCUUAUCCGGUCACAGGGGCACCGUCGCCGAUGUCAAAUGCCAGGAGUCUGAUCCGCAAGUCAUCAGCGCCUCACUGGACUCAACAGUCAGACUGUGGGACCUCGCAGCCGGCAAGGCUAUGGGGGUGCUCACCCACCACAAAAAGGGCGUCCGGGCCCUCGCCCUGCACCCCACCGAGUUCACAUUCGCCACGGGGAGUACGGGUAGCAUCAAGCAGUGGAAGUGCCCAGAGGGAGCCUUUAUGGGAAAUUUUGAGGGCCACAAUGCUAUCAUCAAUUCUCUAGCCGUCAACGAGGACGUCCUGUUUUCCGGAGGGGACAACGGGUCUAUGAGCUUUUGGGAUUGGAAGUCGGGACACCGGUUCCAAUCUCUGGACUCGAUCGCACAGCCAGGAUCCCUAGAUGCGGAGGCCGGCAUCAUGAGCUCGACUUUCGACCGCACAGGACUACGUCUUAUUGUGGGCGAAGCAGAUAAAACAAUCAAAAUAUGGAAGCCAGAUGAGAAAGCUACACCGGAAACUCACCCCCUUGAGUGGAAGCCCGCACUAGGGAGGCAGAAGUUUUAGGGGAGGAAAACGGGUGCACCAGAAAGUGUGGCCCCCCUCAUAUAUAUCGGCGGAGAAGCCCUUGGCGAGUCACAAAU